AUGGAGGUAAUCGAUUUACGACAUGACAUGCCGUAUGAAAUGCAGCUGCCCAUAAUUCUCUCGGUAGACUCUUCGAGUGCAUCCAUGACAGACACACAAAUGUUAAAUGGGCUAGUUUGCGCUCAGCAGCUCCAUUUUGCUAUGGUGUUUCCGCAAUUUAUAGAAAAACCAUGUGAGGGUCAUUUGAUUGCAGCAAAGAGGAUCCUACGGUAUGUGAAAGGGACUUUAAGCUGUGGAUUAAUGUACAAACAUGGUGCAGCAUUUUCUUUAAGUGAUUUUGUUGAUGCUGAUUGGGCUGGUGACGUGAAUGACAGACGUUCUACAACAGGGUUCUGUUUUACUACAGGUUCAGCUGCAAUUUCUUGGUGUAGUAAAAAGCAAACCACUGUUGCACUUUCAAGUUGUGAGGCAGAAUACGUAGCAGCGACUAUGGCUACUCAAGAAUGUGUUUGGCUUAAAAGACUUGUUCAAGAGUUGGUUUCUACUGUCAACUAUCUGAUUCCCAUUUAUUGUGACAAUAAGAGCGCCAUCAAGCUUUCAGAAAAUCCUGUUUUUCAUACGCGUUCAAAGCAUAUUGAAACUCAUUUUCAUUUCGUCCGGGAGAAGUUUCUGACUCAAUGA